AUGGUUAAGAGGGGAGUAAUAGGAUGCAACUAUCCAGGAACAAAGGCUGAAUUGAGAGGUUGCAUUACUGAUGUGUGGAGUAUGAACAAGUGCCUCAUCGACAUAUAUGGUUUCUCACAAAAACACAUUGUUGUUCUCAUUGAUACUCAUCAUUCCUACACCCAACCCACCGGCAAGAACAUCAGAUUCGCUCUGUCCAACCUCUUCCGGUCGGCCAAGCCCGGCGAUGUCCUCUUCGUCCACUACAGUGGCCACGGCACGCGCCUUCCGGCCGAGGAUGAUGACGAAGACAACACCGGCUAUGAUGAAUGCAUUGUUCCGACAGAUAUGAAUCUCAUCACUGAUGAUGAUUUCAGACAAUUUGUAGACAAGGUCCCAAGGGGUUGCAGAAUCACAAUAGUUUCAGAUUGCUGCCACAGUGGUGGCCUGAUUGAAGCAGCGAAGGAACAAAUAGGAGACAGCACAAACGAAGAAGGCCACAGUUCAAACUCUUUAUUUCACUUCAAAAACUUCCUCCAUCUAAACAUGCAAGAAGAAAAAGAAGAAGAAGAAACCAUUGUGAAGAACCGAUCGUUGCCUCUCUCAACUCUCACAGACAUACUCAAGCAGAAAAGUGGCAAAGACAUAGAAACUGGGAAACUAAGGCACUCACUCUUCCGCAUCUUUGGGGAAGAUGUAAGCCCCAAAGUGAAGAAGUUCACAAAUUUAGUCAUGAACAAACUCCAACAUGGAAAAAGUGGUGAGAGUGGAGGGCACGGAAUUGUGGGGAUCGGGAAUCUUGCACAAAAAUUCAUUGAACAAAAGCUAAAUGAUGAUGGUGAUGAGAUGGCAAAAAAACGUGGGGGGAGCAAGAAAGAGGAACAUGCUGCAUCAAUCAAGCGCAAUGUUUUGGAUUGUGGGAUUCUGCUGAGUGGUUGCCAGAGUGACCAAACUUCUGCAGAUGCAAGUCCUGGUGGAAAUUCUGGAUCAGCUUAUGGGGCUUUCAGCAAUGUAAUUAAGGGUAUAAUUGAAGAGAGUGAAGGCGCAGUGACAAACCGGGAGCUUGUGCUGAAGGCUAGGAUGAUGCUUAAGAGGCAGGGUUUUUCUCAGAAGCCUGGUCUCUAUUGCAGUGACAGCAAUGUUAAUGCUUCCUUUGUGUGUUGA